AUGGUUUAUAGAAUGUUUCUUGGAAAUGUAACGGGGUCAAGUGACCCCCCUCCCCUUAACGUGGCUCCGCCACUGCUUAUUGUGAAUUAUUGGUUGAAUCUUGAUAUGGAUGAUGACUCAAAGCUGGUAGAUGGAAUUACCGAGAAGAUAUCAAAGAUGUUGUUCUCAGCAAAACCUACAAAUGGUAACAACCUAAUAGGUAUCGAUGAACACAUGAACGAGUUGUAUCCAUUACUCGAUCUAACCUCAAACCAAGGUGUUAGAGUCAUUGGUAUAUGGGGAAGAGGAAGCUUAGGAAGAUCAGCACUCGCUAGACACGUCUACGAAAACAUCUCACAUAACUUUGAAGCUCAUUGUCUUCUCGAAGACGUGAGAAGGAUCUCACUACACUGCCGCAGAUCUCAUCUCCAAGAAGAGCUUCUCUCCAAGAUGCAAGGAGAAGGCUUAACCUCAAAGAUCUCUCGUAAGUGUCUUAAAAUGAUCAAAGCAAGGCUUAGGAACAAGAAGAUUCUGCUUGUGGCUAACGAUGUGGACAAGAUCGAACAGUUAGAUGCGCUUGGUGAGGAGUUUAGUUGGUUUGGUUCAGGGAGCAGAAUCAUUAUAACCACACAAGAUAGACAACUGCUUAGUUCAUCAGGUGUGAAGAGUGUCUAUGAAGUUGAGAUCUUGAGAUGCUAUGAAGUUCGUCAGCUCUUUAGGUCAGUAGCAUUCAAGCAGAAAAAUGAUCCUGAAGUUCGUCAGCUCUUUAGGACAUUAGCAUUCAAGCAGAGAGAAGAUCCUGUUGGUUUGGAAGAACCUAUAUAUGGACCGAUGAAUCUACCUGGUAUUAGCUUUAUUUUUACACUGAAAUAUUUAUUGGCUUUGUUGUGUGAUAGGGGACAGCUUAGGGAAAGACUAAAUGCAAUGAUAUAUAAGAGAAACAUGUCUACCUCGUACGAUGUCUUUCUAAGUUUCAGAGGACUCGACACUCGCAGCAGCUUCAUCCCUUUUCUAUACGAAGCGUUGGCUGUAAAGAACCUUCGAACAUUCAAAGACGACAAGGAGCUUGAGAGCGGCCAGAGGAUCUUCCCGGAGCUCUUGCGCGCCAUCGAGGAGUCAAGAUUCGCCGUUGUUGUGGUCUCCGCGCAAUACGCAGAGUCCACUUGGUGCCUAGAAGAGCUCGUCAAGAUUAUGGAACUUGAAGAGAAGGGCUCGCUCACCGUGAUACCCAUCUUCUACGGCGUGGACCCUUGUGAUGUGAGGUGGCAGAUGGGAGAAGUUGCCGCACAGUUUAAGGAGCACGAGGCGAGAGAAGAUCACGAGAGGGUUCUUACGUGGAGGCAUGCAUUGACCGGACUGGCGAAUAUCUCCGGUGAUCGUUCACUGAAAUGGGGAGAUGACUUGAUGCUGAUCGACAAAGUUGUUAAGAGAAUAUGGAGGUCAACUGAUACAACAACAGGCAAUGGAAGUAACAUAGUGGGGAUUGAUGAGCACAUGAAGGCCAUUUCACGGUUAUUUGAUUUGAAUUCUAAGGAAAGUGUGAGAGUAGUUGGGAUUUGGGCAAGAGGAGGCAAUGCUAGAUCGUCUCUCUCUAAAUUCGUUUACCAAAACAUUUGUCACCACUUUCAAAGCCAUUGUUUCCUAGGAAACCUGAAAAGGAUAUCUCAGGAUCACCACAUGUCUCAUCUACAUAAAGAGUUUAUGGGGAGGGUCCAAGGAGAAUAUUGCUCGAGGAGAUCAAGUUUCGAGAACCAAAAGGUUCUUCUUGUGGCGGACGAUGUUAAUAAACUUGAACAGUUAGAGGCUCUUGCUGAGGAUUUCAACAGUUUUGGUCCGGGAAGUAUAGUUAUCAUCACUACACAGGACAGGCAGCUGCUUAACGCCUACGGCAUAAAGCUUGUCUAUGAAGUUGAGCAUCUAAGAUUCCAAAAGGUUCCUGAACUCUUGAGACAAUUAUCCAGAAAGAUGGAUACUCCUGCUGCGUUGGGGUCGGGUUCUUUUUUGAGGGAUGAUGACUCCAAGCUCGUUGAUGGAAUCACAGAGAAUAUAAAUACAAUCAAGAAGUUGUUCUCAACAACACCUAGUGAUGGUCAGCUCUUUAGGUCAUUAGGAUUCAAGAAGUUCUCAAGAACAUCUACCGAUGGUCAGUUCUUUAGGUCAUCAGGAUUCAAGAAGAGAGACGGACCUUUUGGUCUGGAACAGUCUACAUAUAUAGAACCAUGA